CCUCAUCUACAAACAAAUACAACACUUCACCAAACUUUCAUCCCGUUUUCUCCUCAUCUUUCCUUCCAUUCUUCACUGUCACUUGACUCCAUUUCCCCACUUGUUCCGUCACCGUUGCCGUCAUGGCUUUCGCGCACGACGCAACUCUGCAGCUUGUUGCGCGGGUGCAGCUUGAAGAACUCAUUGCGUUCAAGGCACAGUACCCAGAGCAAGAUGUCUGGUCACCUUACAUCCACGACUUGGAGGCUGUUCGUCCCCACUUGGAACUUGUUGCCGUAGGGGGCGUAGUGUUCAACGAAGAGGCUAUCAAUGCUCGUGUAAACAAAGGCUUUUUUGCCGCCGAGUAUGAUCUCGAAGAGCUUCGCGCUCCAUCUCCUUCUGCCACGGCACCUACUCGCCAGGUCUAUGGACCCGUUACCGCUGCUGCUGGCACCACGGCUCGAGAUGAUAGCCUCUCUGACAUCUAUUCCGAUGACAAUGCUGGUGCUCCUCCGAAGAUCCUCUCGGAGUUGGAGACUGUCCACUCAAACAAUAGCAAGGUCUCAAAGGUCACGGAAACUGCUCUUGCUUUCCUCUCCCAAACGGAUGUGGGUCACAUAAUUGAAGCCCAGGCCCAGAGUUCCAGUCAGUCAAUUUCUUCUCGAGAGGCAGAACAUGGGAACCCUUCAAAGGACUCGGCUACCCACGAUGUCGAAAGUGUCCGCAUUGAGGCUGAAUCCCCAGCACCAACGACUCACCUCCACCACGAUGAGGUUGAUGAGGACCUUAAUUCUUUUGAUGAGGAUCCCACUCGUGCCGGCACUAUCCCGAUUACUAUUGCGGAUGGUUUCCCUCCUACAAGCACUUUCGCUAAGGAGGUUGAAGAGGUUGAGAGUGGCAAUGUCGCGCUCGAUGUCAACCCUACCACCGACCACUCUGUCGAUUCUGGGACCGAGCUUGCGGUGAAGACCUCCGAAGACGUCCCCUUCUCCACCAAGGGAACUACUUCGGCCCCCGAUGAUGGGUUAACUGUCGCUGCUGAGGCUCAGUGCGCAGCUAUAUCCAUUACCGGUGACGACACAGUUACACCGCCAGCCAGUGUUCACGAGGAUGACAAUGUUGUCAAGUGCUUCAAAUGUACCAAUGACUGUGUUGAAAAUGUCAUCACAUGCGCUUGCAACCAUCAGUAUUGUGCUGAUUGUCUCAAUGACAUGGUCAAGGCUUCAAUCCAUGGGCCUACUCCUUUCCCUCCUGUCUGUUGCGAAAUUGCAAUCCCCGUUGACAUCAACUCUUCUGUCUUCGAGAAGAAUACAUUGUACAAUUUCCUGUGGAAGAAAUUUGGGGCGUUUGAUGUCGGUGAACAGGGUGGUGUCGGUGAACGGGGUGGGAAGUCGCUUCCUUCUCUUCCCUCUCUUCCCUCUCUUCCCUCGCUUUCGAUCGAGGAGAAAACGGAGUACUCCUUCAGUGGAUUUGGUGCAGAAGAAGCCUAUAAUGAGACUAAGUGUCACUUGUGUCACAAGACUAUUGAAAAGGGCUUGUAUUGCCCUGACUGUUGCUACCAAUGCAACAACAGCAGAGCGGCCUGCAAAUGCGACUGGUGGGAUGGCCGCCAGCGCCGUGAAAAGGGCGAGGCUAUCGUCAAAGCGCCAUCUUUUCAGACUGCUCAACCUCAGGUUGCACCCUUUCGAGGACAACGAAAGCAGUUUGGGGGCAUUUUCGAACGCUACAAUGGAACACGUCGUGCCGAGACCCAGAAUGGAGCUUGCCAGCACCCAUUGAUGAAGCAAGUGAAGUUGUCGGGUCGAUGCUUUGACUGUCAGCACAUGCUGCCUGCGUUCUUGUGGCAAUGCACACGCUGCAAGUAUUCAGUUUGCAAGCAUUGUGUUGUUUCCUAUUUGACUGGGACCUUUUAUGUUGAUGUUUGGUGUCGAAUUGUUCUCUUACCUCCGCCUAUGUAUCUCUGGGAUGGACAGUGUAUGCACCAUAUGGAAGCCAGCUUUCCAGAAGCAAUAGCCAAGGUUGCUCCGUUUGGUCUGCGGUGGUAUUUUGAGAAGCUGAGAAUUCCUCGAUGCUUCAAUCACAACUUGCUCGGCCUUGGUGGGCAUCCACCUGGGGUCGUGUACCACAUGUUCUCCUCUAAACGCUUUCUGAGGCUUUUUGGACACGAAUAUUUCGAAGAGUUGGAUUAG